AUGGCUCCAUCAAGAAGUAGUGUACCAAUAUCUAAUGGUCAUAGUGAGACAGCAACAGCUAAAGAUGCCAAUGACAAGAAGCAAGCGGUGGAUAGCAUCCAAUUGGAAAACUUGCUACUUCGAGACGAAGAAAUAUUUCAGACAUCGUUAAAUUCAGAUGAUUAUCUAGAUAGCCUUGCCCCAAUAAUCAAAAAUGCAGUCAAACUGAAUGGUUUGAAUGAUUUGAUAACCAAGUUGAACGAUAUAGUGCAUCAGAAAGAUGAAGAGUUGAAUCAAGUUUCCAUUGACUCGAUGGACGAGAUUAACCAAUGCAUGAACACAAUUGCCAGUAUACACCGAAGUGCGGAUGAAUUGAACAGCCAGUUCCUUACUGUGAACCAGGGCUUAAACAAGUCUGCAUAUGAGCUUAUAACAAGAAAGAAAAACUAUAUCAAAUACAAAGAAGUGUGCAAUAGAAUCAACGAAACUCAUGUGGUGUUGACGGAAUGUAUUCAAGUAUUGGAAUUGAUGAAUAGAAUAUUGGACUUGAUAAAACAAACGAAAUACUUUCUGGCAUUGAAAUUGAUUGAUGAAAUGACCAAUAUCCAUAUACAGAAAGUCGAAGAGUUUAGCUUUGCCAAGAAGAUUGUGGCUUCAACACCGCAUCUAACCAAGAUGAUCAAGGAUGAUUCUUUUGAAAACUUGACCAGGUGGUUAUCAAUAAAUUUGGAAAAGAAAUUGUCGGCCGCGGGUGACAAUAUCUAUGAAAAUCUUUAUCAAUUACUGGAUAUAUGGUUAGCGCAAACAAAGAAAAACGAAAUAUAUAAACCAUACAAGUUGAACUCACCGGUUGAGUUGAGUUUGAGAAACCCGACACUAAAUUAUAAUGUUUUUGAAGAUAGCUCAUUGAAUAUCCAGUUGGACAAUGUUUAUGACGCGAUUUUAGUGUAUCAGACUUUGCACGAGUUAGAUACUCUUAGAGACGUAUACUACAAAGAGUGGAUGAAAAAAUAUAGCCGAAUCAUCUAUCCCCUCACUUCAGCCUCUGCCAAUAAGAAGGAGAUCAUUUUCAGCAACAAUGACUUGGAAGACUAUUUACGAAAGAUUGCCGCAUUUUUUGUAAUGGAUAAACAGUUGAAUUUGAUUACAAAAUUCCAAUUGCGUACAAAUACGCAGGCAGAUGAUUUAUGGAUUUCUUAUGUCUCCAAGUUGAAGCCUGUUUUGCUAUACAAUUUGAAGAGGAAUGAUUAUUAUGACCUUCGAGAGUUGCAUGUAUUUAAGCAAAUUGUUGGCGAUUUUAUUCAAAUCAUGGACUCAAACGAAUACUAUAUUGGCGAUCUUUAUGAAGUCUUGAUGAUCAUUUUCAAAGACUAUUUUGCUCCAUUGAUUGUGCAAGACUUCAGAAAGCAAUAUGUUGGAGCCAUGCAAAAAGAGUUGUACACCUCAUUGCAAGUUGGUAGGAAGGAUUAUGAGGAUGUCAUGAAAUGCAUUUUUUAUUAUGACAACGCACCAUUUGCACCUAGAAAAGUUGGUGAUAGAUUUCCUGUCAAAUUUCCAUUUAGUGAAGAUUACGUCACAUUUUGUAAACUUUUACGGAGACUAAUGUCCAGAACAUUAAAGUUUAUUGCAGAUCAUUACGGUUACGAAACCAAUGAAAUAAUAAAUAUUAUCGUGAAUGACAUAUUUGAAGAAUUUUUGGGCCAGAACAAGGGUUUUGGAAUAGCAUGGGAGAUGGAAGAUUUUAUACGCAAAAAUUCCACAAAUAAAGAGGUCACUGCUCAAAGUUUCGUCAACUUGGAGUACUAUCUCGUGGGGUUGGAGAAGAUUGGUAAGCUUCUCAAUAGUGAAUUGAGAAAAGAAACAGGUAUGGGGAUAAACAAUAUUGACAACAAUGGUUCGUUCACUUUGAGAGCAGUGGACACAUUUACCAAAUUGAAAAAGUUUUCAGAGCAGACUCUUUACCAAAUGGUUGACACAAAGUUGCAGGAGUUAUUGGAUUUGGUAGAAUACGAGGAUUAUACACCACAGGAACUGGAGCGCAAUUCCGAGGCCAAUUUUUCUGUCAAAGACUUUGCUAUGUUUUUGGAAAAUUUAUUUACAUCUAUUUUUGAAAAUUUGUCACCUCAAUUGCGUACUUUGGGGUUGUUUAGAGCCUAUGACUUUGUUUCUCAAUACUUUUUGGGGAUAUUACACGAUGCCCCAACUUACAAUUCCACAUUUAUUGACAACUUUGAUUUGGACAUCAAGUAUCUUGAAAAGUCAGUGCAAAGUUUGGGCAGCCCAGAAGAGGAGGCAAUGGAUGCUUCGCAGGGUAAUGUUUCAAUUGAAUCUACAUUUUCUGAAUUGAGACAAAGUGUCGAUUUAUUGAAAUUGGACAACUAUGAAGAAUAUUUGAACAAUAACACCUAUAGGACAAGAAACUUCAGCUCCAUAAAGUUUGAGAGGGGUGUUCAGUUGAUAAGCAAGAUGCAAGGACGAGAAGAUGCCAAAUUGGCACGCAGUGCAAGUUUCCAUAAAUCACCUCAACGCUCCAACACCAUGAAUUCAAUUUCACAUUCAAUUUCGGGUAGGAACUUUGCCAAUCUUAUGGGAAAUAGAUCCAAUGAAGAAGAAAGCACGCCAGGGUUGAACAUCAACUCCAAUCCAAAUUCGAGACCUGUUUCACCUUCGCAAUCACCAUCACCCAGAGCAGAACCAGGAUUCAGGCAAACGUCAGGGUUGAGUUCUGGAUCAGUCUCGGGCCCGGGCUCGAAUUCACGUCUUGCACAAUUAGCUGGAAGAUUUAAACAGAAUGGGCAGAACGGAGAGUGA